UCGAACGCGGAACCGGGUUCAUAAACAAUAACACGGCCAACGUCAUACGUAGACAUCAUAGUUUGUUUACGUAUUAACACUUUUCCGUGUUUAGUGUUCGGCAUUACAGCUACCGCAAAAAUGGCCGGCGAAUCGUUCCUGGGAAAUUGGGAGGUGACAAUUUGUGGAUACGUGAACUGCGACAAUAAAGUGUUGCAGCGUGUGUGCUUUCAAUUUCACUUGGAAGCUGAUGGUACCGUUACGUGGAGCUAUCCAAAUGAGCUGAAGCUGUUUCCGCUAUUCUCGUGUGACACGUACGAAAUUUACACCACCUCGAACUUGGAGGUGUUCAUCAGGUUUGGAGUCAUUGCCGGUCAUGUUCUGGAGUUCAGGUCAGAUCAAUUUGAACCAAAAGAUGAAGUACUUUUGACAUGCAGCUCAUUUUGCUUCUUAAAAUGCAAACGAGUAACUGAAGAUCAGUAUAGACCCAGCGACAAAUUCACAUUCCUCCAAGCAUUAGAUGAGGGGUAUUUCACUGACGUAACUCUAACUGCUAGUAAUAAAAAACAGUUUAAAGCACAUUCCACAAUAUUAAAAUUGAUAGCCACAGACGUAGACUGGGCCUCAGACCCACCUCCUUUUAGUGAAUUAUCUGAAGAGGCCUUUGGUGUACUACUUCACUUUCUGUACAGCGAAUGUAUAUCAGAGUCCAUAACGGAAAGCUCAGCGAAUGAAUUAAUUCAAAGUGCUUCUAAAUACGAAUCUCUCAGCAAAUUGGUACACAUGUGUAAGAUAUUCUUAAAAAAUCUGGCUUUAAAGCAACAGAUUAUCAAUUUAAUAUCUGACGUUCAUGACUCUGUAGCUCAGAUCAUCGAGCACUUCAAACAUCAAGGCACCGGAAGUGAAAAUCUGGCCGGCAAUCCAUCACUGUUCUGCUAUAUGAUUAAGCAAUCGAUAAGAGACAUCAUUGCAGUAGGUGUAAGUUUGUUGCUCCUUUGCGAUUUAUUCCAUAAAACUAAGAAUAUUUUAUCCAAAAAUGACCGUAAUGAUAUUAUAACAUAUGCCAAAACACAAUUACCGGCAUUUUUGACUCAAUUAACGGACCUAGUAAUUAUUUUAAAAGACAUCUUCACAACAAUUUCACCAGCGCAAACAAAAGCCAUUGCCAGCUUUCUUGCAUCAGAGAUGGGCGUUAUUAUGCAAAAAGUAGCUGCAAUAAUGUUUCAAAUACAACGGGGGUUGCGACAGGUCAUUCAGAAACAAAUAACCAGUUACACACGUAGGUCGCCACAUGUAAAGGGUCACUUCUUUAGAUAUAUUUUAGAUAUGGGUGAAAUAAGUAAACUUAGAUUUCUGCAGCAAACCCUUUUUAGUAGUUAUUUGUUGUUGAAAAAGAAAAGAGCUAGCUUCGAAGAACUAACUCUUAAUGAAAUGAUCCAAUCAAUCACUAGAGACUUAGAAUUACUGUACGAGGAAUUACCCAUAUGUCUGAUGAGACUUGAAGAAGACAAAAUCAUAUUUGAUGAAAAAUUAAACUGUAGGGAGUUUCACUUUUGUUUCAUUGUAGGAACCAGCAAAGUUGCAUCCAUUCUAAAUAAAUUGGUGUUACAUAGGGAUGAAUUUCAAUCGGUUCUGCAUCAAAUUUGUGACAUCGUCAAAACAGACAGUUUUAAUCAAUGUUUGAAAGACAUGGGGAUGCUAGAUGAGCAAUAUAACGCAGCAGCUAAGUCUGAUCACACACAUAAAAAUGAAGAAGUUGAUGGUGACGAAAGUCAGUUAGAUUACGAUAAUGGCAUUGAAAAAAUUAUUAAUUGUUUUGAAAGAAGCAGAUCAUCCAGAGAGAUUUCACCAUUCAGUGAUGAAGAUGAAGAAGAAAGGAAUGAUCAGGAGACGUUUGAUUACGAGAAUAAUAUUUGUACCCCACCACCAGCUAGAGAAAGCACUUUAACAAAACACUGUAAAAACUUAUUAAAUGGAGAAGACACAGAUAUGGAGUUCGAAGUUGUACACAGCAAGACUGCCGAAGAUGAUACACCUGAAGAUGGCGUAACAAUAUUCAAAGCGCACAGAGUAAUCGUAGCAUCUAGGUGUGAUUGGUUUAGACGAGCUCUCCUGUCUGGAAUGAAAGAAGACAUUGACAAGAAAGUAAUAGUACACGAAACAAACCCAGAGAUAUUCCAAAUAUUUUUGAACUAUUUAUACACACACAAUUUGGAAACCCGUGAGCUAAGUAACGAUCAGUUGAUCGAUUUGAUUGUGUUAAGUGACAGAUAUGAGGUAGACUCGUUGAAACAGACGUGUGAAUACUCACUACAGCCCAGUAUUGAUCUUGAAACAGCUUUAUACUACGUGAAUUUGGCUGAUCAAUACAACUCGAACAUAUUGAAAGAUGUUUGUAUGGAUUUCAUUACUAAAAAUGAAGAAUUAUUAGAAAGUGACGAAUUCUUCAAACUAUCUUUAUCUUUACAAGUAGAAAUUUUUGAUUGCAUUAUGAAACCUUGUGUGCAGGAUAAAUACAUAGAAGUAUCCUCAGAUGAUAUUGACUCCUCAACAGAACCCCAAUUGUAUUUUGAGAGAAAUAAACUUGAACUGUGUCUAACACAAAUUCGAGAUAUUGUUGGAAAUAUAGCUCCAAGGGAAACUUUAGUAAGAGUUAUUUUAGCUGCCGAUUAUGAUCUUUGCAGAGCGGUCAAUUUCUUUUACGCAAGAAAUUAAAGGAAUGGGUGAUAUAUUGGAUAGACAUAUACCACAGAAGUGAUACGGAAAGACUUAAUUCAAAUCAAAUUAUUAGACUAUUUUAAAUAUUUGAUAAUCUUGACAAUUUUUAAAUUUUAUCUAUAUUUAAUUAUAAUGUACAAAUUUUCUUAAUUAGUUUAAUGUUAUAUUAAAUGUACAUUUAAACCCGUAAGAUUUCAAUUCCUGAUCAAUGUGAUUUUAUUGUGAUUAAAUGGGGUAUUAUCUGAAUUUUUUCUUGAUAAUAAAGUUAAUGCAGAAUU